UAUUAUCAGCUCUUAAUAUACUCCUUACAUAGGUGAUAUCCUUUCAUACAACCCUCAAUUCCGUUGUAGAAAUCGAGACAUCAUAGGUGAUACCUCCUGUUCAUCGGAUUGAUAAGUAUAGCAUUUUCAGAGUCCAAGAUUCUCUUAGUCGGCAUAGGUCUGAAGCGACCCCACUACACCUAAGACGAGCUGUUCAUCUAAAUCUGAAAAACUACAAAUGCUACCGAUGUUCCUUAUGCUUUGAAUCCUAUUCCUCUAUCUUCUGAUUAGUAUCGACUGAUAGAAGAAUCUAGUAUUCCCCUCUCAUUUUUUGAUCCACUACAUUGGAGAUUUCUACCUUCAGAGCCCUUCUGCUGUGCAUUCCUGGCUUCCUCUAAGCUCUGCCAUCUCCUCAUAGGGCAGUCCUCCAUGCGGAUUCUCCACGGCUUGUAAGUGGGCAAUUGCGUCAUCCACUCUCCUGAAAAUAUUUUUUAUUUUCUCUCUAUUCCAUCUCUAUUUAUAGUUAGCCAUUAGGAAGAACUCGAAGGCAAACCCCUUCCAACCGAGGAAACGGCGGUCCGCCCGAGUUACCGCUCACCUCUUCCCUCGCUGCCCGUUCAUCCAGCGAUGAGAUGAACUCCCUUUUCCACAAUCCCACUUGUUAUUGAGUCAAGUCGGGUCACCUCCCUUUCCGCGCCCGCAGCUUCUCUCUCUACCUGGAGCUGAAGUCGUGAUUUAGCGAAGUAACCUCGGUAGAAGAAGAGUUCCAGAGGAGAGGAGGAGGCGGCGGCGGCAGAGAUGGUGGGAAUCUUCUCUCGAUUCUCCGGCAGGCGGAGCCGCCACCGGCGGGCGAACAGCGCGAUCGAGGUUGGGGAAACGAUGGCACCUAUUGCAGAGGUACCAGGUCCAACACCCCCAACUGCUGCCCAUGGAGUCCAAGUAGCAGUUGAGCUUAAGCCAGUUGAGCACCCAAUUGAGCCUCUCAACAAUGACCAACCAGUUAAAUGCCCACUACCAGAACCUUCAAUACUUAAUGAUGGAAGAGUAUGGAAGGAGCGAAUGUCGUCCGCAAGUGCAAGAGUGAGAACCAACUUACCUGUUGUGAAGGAUCAACCGCAUCUUGAAUCCGAAGCUGGUGGAAGGAAACCCCACUCCAACCCACCUAAACGGACCAUAUUACCAUCCAUAAGUGCCCCUGAACAUAACAUCCUGACUCUGCUGGAAGAAUGCAACGCAGCUGAAAAUUGGACUACAGGCGAAUAAGCAUACGAGCUCUAAUAAAACUUGUAUUUCUUCAUGCAUGCUGUCAUCUUUCCCUCUUAUUCUUGACAUUGUUUUAUAUUUCCCCUUCCUUCCUGUGUUCACUUGACUAUAAGUUGUAUCAUAGUGAAAUUUGAAUACAUGAGAAAUGUGUAAUACUGUUGCCUUGUUGAAGUUAUUAACUAUACGAGGUAUAUAGACUGCAGAAAUUUCCAUGA